AUGAUGCUGUCCUAUCAAACAGAUUACUGCAGGAGGCAAAUGUUUGCCUUCCAGCAUCUGGCCAAUGCUGCACAGAAGCGGGAGAUCGAAGGGCGGGAAGCAAGGCGCAAAGCAGAGGGCGAGCUGGCUGCCAUCCAGUCACAUGUGGCCCGCCGCAAUCAACAAAUUGCCAGGAAGAAAGCUGAUAUAGAAGAGAAAUCAGAGUUGAUGCGGGUGAUGUGCCAUGAAGUGCGCACGCCUUUGAACAGCUGCCUGGCAUCAGCAGAGAUGCUGCUUGAUACUCCGCUGCAGGAUGAGCAGCGAGACCAUGCUCAGACUAUUCGCCUUAGUGGGAGCAUCCUGCUGUCCACCGUGUCCAACUUUUUGGACUAUUUCAAGCUGGAAGCAGGGAGAAAGCUGGAGAUCGGAUUGACGGAGGUCAAUCUGCCAGCCCUGCUUUCGCAGCUGCACAGUAUCAUCCAGGCGAUGAUUGGAACAAACACAGAGGUCGACUUGACAACGCCAAGGAUGCACAAUGUUCCAGAGGUGGUGCUCACCGAUCCAGGCAGGUUGCGAGGCGUCAUACUGAAUCUGUACACAAACGCUGCCAAGUGCACACGGCGUGGGUUCAUAGACCUCAACGUCAGUGUCAUAGACCGGCCCUACGCAGUGCCCCCAGGGCCAGAAUACUCGAAUGUUAUGGUCACCCCCAGCUCCCUCCAAGGUGCCUCCAAUGGGCUUGUGGGCCUCAACACGAGCGGUCCGCCCAGCCAGGGCAUGUCCCUCGUGAAAAAAUUCAUGCGUGACCGGCCAUCUGUUGACUACACCGCAGUCGCAAGCCAACCUGAUUGGGAGACAGAUUUGUUCGAUGGGGACAGUGUGAAGUCAGCUGGGAGUGGCACUGUGUGGGCAAGCCAUGCAGAGGGGCCCCCGUCUCCCUCAGAAAUUGAUGAGGGUGGUGCUGGGGGCAUUGAUGGACAGCGUGUGGGUGCCACCUGGGCUUCAGGAAGGGUGCAGCAUGUUGUUGCCCCUGGUGCUCAGGGGCAGCAGCCAGGCAGCAAUGGUGGCCAGGAGGGGGCGUGCCCUGAGUGGCUGCUCUUUGAGAUUGUGGACUCAGGGAUGGGCAUUUCGAAGAACGAGCUCAAGUCCCUGUUCCAGGAGUAUGUCACUGUGGGAAUGAGUCAUCCCAAGACACUGACAGGGACUGGACUUGGUCUCAGCAUAUGUUCCAAGCAGGUGGACGUGCUGGGUGGCCGGAUCGGUGCCUACUCCAAGUUGAAUGCUGGUUCGGUCUUCUGGUUCACCAUCCCAUUGAUCGAGGCCAACAGAAAGCAUGCGUCCAUCCGACGCCUUGGCAGCCAUGGUGGCGGUGUCUGGCGACCACCUGAGCGCACAAAGCCUGGUACCACACCCAGCCCCUCUCCUCUUGUGCCAGCGCACAGGGGUGAUCGGAAGAGGGGAAAGUCGAUGGACACAUCUGUGCUGCAGGGGCGCAGAGUCUUGCUUGCUGAGGAUGAUGUGCUCAGUCAAAAUGUUACUCGGAAAAUGCUGACGACCUUGGGAAUGAAUUGUACGGUGGUGUCCAACGGGAAAGACGCUGUGAAUUUGCUGACCUCCAAUGGCACCCAGGAGGCUCCGUUCGAUGUGGUCCUGAUGGAUAUGUUGAUGCCCACGAUGGGUGGCAUAAAGGCAACACAAGAGAUACGGAAGAAGGGCGUCAGAGUGCCCAUCAUCGCGAUGACUGCCAACGCCCUUGGCAGGGAUUGGGAGGAGUGCAGGGCCGCAGGCAUGGACGACUUCCUUUCAAAGCCCGUCUUCAAGGCACCCAUGGCAGAGGCCCUCGUUCGCGUGUCCAUGGCAAGAGGCCGCCGCAGAGGUGCGGCCAACAUAUAG